CUACCUCGCAGUAACCCUCACCGUUCAGCCCCCUUUUCGUCGUGCCAUGAGAACUACGCUUUUCGUUGCCGGUUUCGGUUCCAGAUGUCGCGCAAGAGAUCUUGCCUACGAUUUUGAAAGAUAUGGUCGCCUUGUUCGUUGUGAUAUUCCCGCUCCAAAAACUUACUCUUCCAAACCAUAUGCUUUCGUCGAAUUCGAAGAUCCUCGUGAUGCCGAGGAUGCUUACUACGAAAUGCAUGGUAGACGUAUAGACGGUUAUCCUAUCAGUGUUCAGUGGGCUAGAAACGCUCCUAGUUCAUCAUGGCGCUUCGAUCGUUCUCCUCGUCGGCGCCGUUCUCCUAGCCCACGUCGUCUUCCUCCACGUCGGGUGUCUUACGGACGUAGCCGCAGCCGAUCACGUAGCCCUUAUCGUGGCGCUCGUUCACCAUCUCCUCGUGGUCGCUCUCCACCUCCGCUUGACCGUCGGUAUGAUUCUCGUUCUCGUUCACCGCCCAGAUAUCCUGACGAGCGCUACCCUCCCAUGCCCCCAAGAGAAUCGAGAUCUCGUUCACCUAUAGCUAAGUCUGCACCUACCAUGCCCAUCCCGCCACCGCAGUCUUCUCGAUCACCUUCGCCUAAAGCUGCUCCUGGCCCAACAGUCUAGGUGCAAGCAAAGAAAAAAAAAACAAUACAUCCGAAUUAAGCAAAAAGAAACAAAUUUUUACUCUAUUUUCCCUGACCCUCCUUUAGCUCGCAUUCUGUUUUGUGUUAUAUCCAUUUUGUUUUAUUAGUCCAUCUUUGAGCGGAUGGACACGUUCUAACGAACUGAGGAAAAAAAUUAUAUCCCCAACAAUAUAUAUAUAUAUAUAUAUAUAU